AGGGGUCCUUCCGUUUGGGUGCUAGGGGUGUGCAGCCCUGGACGAAGGGUCGCACUCAAUUCUUUUAAAGUGGGCAAACCGCGCAAAGAAGAGGAGAACGUCCUCGGGGCGAUGACAGGAUGCCUCCGUCUCGUACAGGACGCGCAUACGAAAGACCGCCGUCCAGGAUCGCCACGAGAAUCGGCCCCGCUGUUGCCCUAUUGCUGAUUCUCUUCGAACAUCGUCGUGCAGUUAGCCUAAUGAGCAAUUCCGUGGAUGAUUGGGUGAGCGGCAGCGUCGUCUGUAACGGCAUCCCGGGAUUGACGAAGGAGCAACGCGAGCUUUGCCACAGAAAUCCCGAUGUUACCGUAGCCGCGACGAAGGGGUUACAAAUGGCAAUAUCCGAGUGUCAGCAUCAGUUUAUGUGGCAUAGAUGGAAUUGCUCGUCCCUCACACCCAGCAGCAGAAUUCAACAGAGCAGCGUCCUUCUUCAACGAGGUUACAGGGAGACGGCGUUUGCGUACGCGAUCUCGGCCGCUGGCGUAGCCCAUAGCGUGGCUCGUGCCUGUAGCAUGGGUCGCCUACUUUCCUGCGGCUGCGAUCCUUCGAGCUACAAGGGUAAAACGCCGGCGAAUGCCAGAGGCGUUCAAUGGAAGUGGGGUGGCUGCUCUCACAAUCUCGACUACGGCAUGGAGUUCUCGAGACAGUUCCUAGACACGCGGGAGAAAGCCGGCGACAUACAGUCUACGGUGAAUCUACACAAUAAUCAAGCCGGUCGUUUGGCAGUAGCGAGCAACAUGCAGGUACGCUGCAAGUGCCACGGCAUGUCCGGCUCGUGCGAGCUGAAGACCUGCUGGAGGGUCACACCGGACUUCCGGAUGGUCGGCAAGACCCUGAAGGAACGUUUCCGGAGCGCCGUGCUGGUGGCGCAGAGCAAUCUGGGCAGCGUGACGCCGUCGGUCAGAAUUCGAGGAUCGCGUCGGAGGCGACCCGAUCGACAGAGGCAGAGGAAGCAUCGCGACGGCCGCAGGAGGAAACCCCGGGAUCUUGCUAAGCAGCUCUUCUACUAUCAGAAAUCGCCCAAUUUUUGCGAACGGGACCCGACGGCCGAUAUCGCCGGCACCGCCGGUCGCAGGUGCAACAAGACCAGCACCGGCGGUGACGGAUGCGCCAGUUUGUGCUGCGGCAGGGGCUACAACGUGGUACGACAGCGUCGAACGGAGCGAUGCAAGUGCAAAUUUCACUGGUGCUGCUUCGUGCAAUGUCAGAAUUGCACGGUGGAGGAAUGGAUCACGGUUUGCAAAUAAGACGUAAGGGGGAAACGGAAGGCGAAAGUCAAAGACUGAUACGGAUUUUUCUUUUUCUUUUCGUUUUUCGUGUCGACAAUCGAUAAAAUAUACAAUGAUAAUACGUCUCGCACGGUUCGAACGAUAAGAGAAGAAAUUAAUUCCGGGUAUUCAUCGUCCGAAGGAGACGCGCGCAGCGAUAUUAUUCGUUCGCAAGAAUCAAUCAAAGGACGUAAGUCGAGAGGAUUAAUAAUAUAGUUCUUAUUGAAAUCGGGAUUACCAGGCACAAAUUUCUCCUGGACAAUCACAAUGUAAGAGCAGAUCUCCCCCUGCUACCUUUAAAUCUCUGCGAACCUAUUAGAAAGAUAAUAAUCUUUAUUAGUAAAAUUAAAUCGGAUUUCUAUAGGAGACGGGAAAUGUUUGAAUGAAAUAGUAAUUCGAUCUUCUACUUCAUUCGUCAUCAUUUAAAAUUACGCAGUCUUUAUUACAGACCAGCAUGUUAAUCGCAUUUUUGAGAUAUCGUCUUAAUUCUCAUUGCGAAAAUAUAAUGACGCAGAUUUUGCAUGUUAUCGAAGAAUUUAAACUCAAAUUUCGCAUAAGUGUUUUUUAAUGUAACAAAAAACUGACUGACAGAAAUCGUACUCUACUUAACGCCCAUUACGGAAAUUAUACCUUAUACCUUAAUAUACCGAUCGUCUGCGAAUUGUACUAAGUAUCUCGGAGAAACGUGAAUCAAUCGCAGAGAUCUAAUCGCAUUAGAAAAGAAUUUGCGCAAGUAAUAUAUAUACUCCGUAAUGUGGCGCGAAUAAUAUAAAAUAAUUCGUAGAUUAAGCAAACUUAUAAUUUAUUUAUAUAAUGACGCUCUAUUUAAUUGAUAUUUAAUUUUAACUUCUACGUGAACUGUAACACCUCCAGCACAGUAUUAUUAGACGAGACGCGUAUUCGAUGAACAUGAUUGUAUACAACAUAACAAUGCGCGCGUACAAUAAAAAGAGUUCCUUCAAAUUAUAUCUCCCAUCGUACUCAUUGUCAAGUAUUUUGUAAGUAUUAUAAUGUAAGUAUUAAUUCGAUUAAUUUUUUAUUAACUUUUUAUAUUUAGAGAUAUUUUCAGAAUUUCAUUUUUAAUGCCUCACUCGAAUCGGAGAAGUAUGCGAGCGACUUUUUUUUAGCGAUCAUCGUUAUAAAUUACUACGCGUUAAAACCUUGGAAAGAUUUAUGCUAAUCCUACGUUUAGCGAAAAAAAAGCGCAUUUGAACUAAGCCGCGAAGUUUCUAGCAACCAAGGCUAAUUGUCUUAUCAUUUUACUCGCGCGCGCGUACGCGUGACUUCUGUCUGGCAAUACAUUUGUGUUACUACUGCUACCGAUAAUAUUACACAUGAUAUCAAUUAAUAAAUGCCAGGCUUAUGUUUCAUGUAAAAACAUAAAUUUCGAUUUUUCGAAUUAGGUAAGUGUGUAAAUGAAAAAAUAUUGAGAAAUUACCUUCAUAAUAUUCUAUACCAUCAUAACAAAUUACAUGUAUCAAUAUAUAAUUAUUACCAUAUGAUAUCGAUACCGUAUGAUUAUCGUUCUUUAAUACGAGCCGCCAAUAAUUCGAAGUGUGACCGGUACAAGCUUUAUCAUACAAUUCGUCUUUUGCUCUGACAAUCGCGAAAAAAGCGCGAGAGAGGCGAAGAAACAGUGGAUCGGUGUAAAGGGCCUAAAUAAAAAAAGAAAGAUGGUAACCGAAGGCCAGUGAAUAAAGAGAGAGAAAGAGCUUAUUGAUUUUGUAUGAGACGAUGAACAGCAAGAUGUGAGCAAGAUAGUCAGAGAUAAGUUCCGCGAUUCGCGCGACUCGUACGUGAUCGGCACAGGGAUAUAGCUCAUAAGCAUCAAGCUAGUUGACAAUGGUCCCAGAACCCCAUAGUAAUCAAAUUUCCACGCACAGUGUGUAUCCGCAAUAUAAUUAUAAUUUAUAUAUACGCGUAGUUUUAAUCUUUUAUAUAUUGUUAUAUAUAAUAAUAUAUUUAAUUACCCAAUUUAAUUUCAAUUUCUCUCUCUUUUUACCACAUGCUUUUUAUAUUUUAAUUUAUUUAUAAAAAAACUCGUUAUUAAAAAAGCUCGUUA